CAGUACUGAAUCGGACGUCAAUUGGUUUAACAAUCGAUAACUGGUGCAAACAGUUAAACAAUGAUGCCAAUCAUCGGCGUCGAGCGAACUAAAUCUGUUUUUGGAUGGCUUUUGGUAUGUGUGGCGCGUCACUGAAUGUCAUUGGAUUUAUAAAUAAGAUCAGCUCCAGAAAUAGGUGGCUACAGGUUUUCCAGGCGUACCGACCGAAAUAAAGCAGCCUGGAUUCUGUUAACAAUAUUAUUGUCUUAGCUAACGGCGCGGGCAUCGAUCCGGAUCACAGUGAGUGUGUUAUCACAACCAGCGCGGGAUAUUUUGCGAUUGUUUUUUUUUAAAUAUGGAUGAGGAUGAAAGUCAACAGUUUUCUUUACGCUGGCACAACCAUCAGAGCAGCAUAAUCGGAUCCCUGGGUCGUGUGCUGAACAGUGGAGCCUUCAGCGAUGUGACGCUAAGUGCCAAUGGCACUUCAGUGAAAGCCCACCGUCUUAUACUGGCCUCAUGCAGUCAAUACUUCGAUAAGUUAUUCAAAGAUAUCGAAACGGAAAACAACACAUUGGUAGUAGUAUUAGGUUGUGAAGCAAUAGAAUUAAGGCUCUUACUUACUUUUAUGUAUACCGGCGAAGUAACAGCUUCUAAGCAGAAUCUACCUUCGUUGCUCCGACUGGCGCAAACUCUGAAGGUAUCCGGACUAACUGAUGCUAAUACGAACUCAACUUUUACUUCUAAAGACUCGGAACUAGUCACAGGACAAAGUAGUACUUACGCCAACCUCGAAACCGUAAAAGAUAUUCAAGAUUGCAGUACAACAAACAACUCGACAAGUAAUUCUCCAAAUCAUUACGAAAACUCCCAGAAUGAUGGUAAAUUAGCGGAAUAUAUUGGAGAAUACAGCAGAACGGAAAAGGACAGAUUAAGUAAAUUGGACCAGAUAGUGCAGAAUUUGUACAGUACACAUAAAAUUACUAAUCCAAUCACAGCUAUGACUCCGCCAUUAAUACCAAAUUUGACAGAAUCACUUGAGCCAUUUGAACGUAAAUGGCGGUCCAACACUUCAGUAUGCGGAGUAUGCAACAAACGUCUGAGCAAUCAGUACAAUCUACGCGUGCAUAUGGAGACCCACGCAGGUAGACGGCACGCGUGCCGUGCUUGCAGUCACGUGUCCCGCUCACGUGACGCGUUGAGGAAACACGUCGCGUACAGACACGCCCCGAACAUGCCAUCGACAACGAGAGCUCAUCGCACAACGACAACCACAAGUCGACUGGACGGAUAAUGCGGUAACAAGGUCAAUUUGAUAUCUCUACUCAUGACAUUACACCUUUGCAAACUAUAGUUUUGAAAUUCAAUUUUAAUUUUUAUG